ACGGUGCUCAUCCUUGGGGUAUGGAGAUGUACAGUAAGCAAGCCUAAAGCACUCGACGCGGACAAUGUGAAAGCGUACAACCUGCGGGUUCACAAGGCCUUCGGUUGUAAUCUCGUAUCCGGGUUUGUUAUCUACCCGCGAGCGUACCAACGAUACUUGGCAGACAGACAGACUGUGCGUCCGCGACGUUAUGACGGACGUGUAAGGCGUUCGAUAUAAUACUACAGGAGCUGCACCAUGACUACAGCUACCAACAAGCCGUGGGUACGCGGCCCACCGGCACGAUAUCGACUCGUCGAUUGUACCCUUAUCGAUCCCAAAGACGGCGCAGUCCACCCAAGGGUAGUCGUCGACCUCAAAGAUGGUAUCGUUUCCCGCAUGUCCAAGCUUGGCAAGUGGCCUUCGCCCGGAGACGAAGCACUGAGCUGGACCCAGGGCGAGGAUAUCCACGUUGUCAACAUGGACGGCCGCUUCUUGUUGCCCGGUCUGAUAGACUGUCAUGUCCACCUCCAAGCCGCUCCAGGCGAGACGGGUCUCAAGGACUCCAUCAAUCAGGAUCACGACACAAAUUUGCUCCGUCAGCCUUAUGUUGCCCGGGAAAUGCUGAGGAGAGGCUUUACCAGCGUUAGAGACUGCGCUGGAGCUGGCCAAGCAAUCAAAGAAGCCUUCGCCGAAGGCCUGUUUCCCGCACCGCGACUCUUCACAUCUGGUCACGGCAUCUCGCAGACUGGCGGUCAUGGCGACCUCAGGGCCGCGAAAGACGCCGAGUAUGCCUGCUGCGGUGGCAACACGCGCGGACUCGGCCGUAUCGCAGAUGGUGUCGAGCAGUGUCUUCACGCUGCAAGAGAGGAGCUGAGGUGUGGUGCUGACUUCAUCAAGAUCAUGGUCUCUGGCGGAGUAGCGUCGCCCACUGACAAGCUGACGAGCCCGCAAUACACGGCCGAGGAGAUUCGUGCAUUCACCAAAGUCGCAGCUGAUGCCGGCACGUACGUGACCGCGCACGCUUACACGCCAGCAUCGAUACAGAACGCUAUUUUGAACGGCGUGAGUGGCAUUGAGCACGGCAAUCUCAUCGACGAGGCCACCGCCAAACUCAUGGCUGAGCGAGGCGUCUUCCUCACACCAACGCUCAUCACUUACAGCGCCAUGGCGUCCACAGAAUUCGCCGGCUUCUUGCCACCUGCGAUAGCGGAGAAGAACUUCCAAGUACUCUCCGCUGGGAAGCGCAGCAUCCAGCUAGCUGAUGCCGCUGGGGUGACGAUGUGCUACGGAAGCGACCUCCUAGGGCCAAUGCAGGUCAAGCAGUCCGGCGAGUUCAUGCUUCGCAAAGAAGCCGGGCUAAGCGCGCUCAAGAUUCUACAGAGCGCGACUGUUAACGCGGCGCGGAUGCUUCGACAGGAGGAGAAGCUGGGCCGCGUGAAGGAAGGCUUCUUUGCGGACCUGAUCGUGCUCAAUGCGAACCCACUCGACGAUAUGGAAGUAUUGGCGCACCCAGAGCGGCAUCUGCUUGCUGUUUUCAAGGAGGGUAGAGUGGUGGAGAGUCGCUGGUCAAAGCUGCCGAGCGACCUCGACCGAGUCUCGCUCAUCGAAUAGCAGCUUUUCGGCCGGGCAGCGAUUGCGGGAUCUUGGACGUCUUCCUGAAUGAGGCAGAUC